CACGCACACACACACGCACGCACGCACGCACCAUGUUGCCUGUAAGUCAACGCUGAGGGCUGAGUGUUUCCUGUGAUGUAAAAGUGAAGCAUGGCUGGAGAAGUCGAAAAGAAACAUGUACUGGAGAUGGUCCAGGCUGAUGGUGCUGAUGAGGGUUGUGUGACAUUCGUGCUACAUGAUGAAGACCACACGUUGGGCAACUCCCUCAGAUACAUGAUCAUGAAGAAUGUGGAUGUGGAGUUUUGUGGCUACACCAUAACUCAUCCAUCUGAGAGCAAGAUCAACUUUCGCAUUCAGACACGAGGUGGACUUCCAGCCACUGAGCCAUUGCGUAAGGGUCUCAACGAGCUCAAUGAUGUGUGUCAGCAUGUUCUAAACACUUUUCAGUGACUGGGGCUGGGUUCAAGCAGAUAAUGGAGGUUGGGAAAUGAAGUGGAUUUCUCUUCCAGAAGUGCUAUGAUGUGGCUGUGUAAUAGGUUACAGAGGCCAAUGCAGAUGUGUCAAAGCUGCUGCUUUCUGCUUCUAUGGUGGAACCUGUGACCAGGUUUAACAGCAGUGAACUUGAAAAAGUGUGAUCACUUGUUUUACUGGACGAGUAACUUGUUUCUCAAACAUGUUUCACAAUAAAUAAAAUGCCCAGUUCUUGUCAAAUUGCACAUUGAAUCAGAUCAUGACCCCAAACAAGGUAUACGUGUGUGGUU